UCAGGGAAUUGUUACAACUUAUACCAAUGACAGAUCCUGUUCUAUCUCUGUAAUAGUUUAACAGCUGUGCUGAAUAGCCCCACAGUAGCCAGGUCCCCAGUUUAAAGAAGAUUAAAGAUAGCUUUGCAGAGUUUGAUUUGACAGAUACUAUUAAUAGGCUGGGAGCUAAAGCACAACAGGAGGACUGUUGGAUUUACUAUAAAGCCAUGCAGCAGCAGGAUUGGUGCAUUGCUGACAGCACUGUGAAGGGAAAAGUAUAUAGAAGGAAUGACUUUACCGACAAACAAGGGGGACACAACACAGGAGGCUGUGUCAUGAAGGGACACAACAGGGCAGAGGUUCCCUGAAGAAGUUGUGCAGUCUGUCCUCUCACUGAACACCCAGACAUAGGGAUGUAAACCUGCCUUCAUUGCAAAAGAGUUUCUAAUUGCUCAUUAAUUUGCCUUUUACCAGCCUAAUCUUUUUUAAACCUAAGCCAUGGUUUCCCUUUUUACUGGGCAGAUGCUGCUUACAAACAACAAGGACUGUGAUGAAGUGGACACGGAGCGUGAACUUAGCCAGAGACUGGAGAACAAAGUGCUACUGCUGUAUUUUGGAUCUGGUGAAUGCACGCAAUGCCGGAAGUUUUCACCAGUUCUCAAAGAUUUCUUUGUGAGACUCACUGAUGAGUUUUAUGUUGACAGGGCUUCCCAGCUGGCUGUGGUGUAUGUGUCUCAGGAUGAGACAGAAGAGAAGCAAGAAAAAUUCCUGAAGACCAUGCCAAAAAGGUGGCUGUUCUUACCCUUCCAGGAUAAGUUCAAAAGGGAGCUGGAGUUGAGGUUUGCUGUGUCCCACACGCCUGCAGUGGUGGUGCUGAAACCGAAUGGAGAGGUGAUUUCUGGGAAUGCUGUGGAAGAGAUCAGGUGCUUAGGAACUGCCUGUUUUGGAAACUGGAAGGAAGCCGCUGAGCUGAUUGACAGGAGCUUUCUCUUGGCAGAGGAUUUUGAUAACUUGGCCAAGAGGAGCAUCAUGGAUCCCAUCCGCUGCCUCAAGUACAAGCUGGACAAGAAGAAAAGGAAAAAGGAAGCAAAAGAGGAAGUGCUCAGUCCUGAUAUUGAAUUAUGACACAUUCCAGCUUUACUAACGCUUGCUAGGUUUGUGAUGAUCCUGAAACAGGAGCCCAGAGAGUCAGUUUCCAGGUCCAACAGGUUAGCUUUGCUAGACUAUUAAUUAGUAUCUUUAGACAAGAGGUGGGGAACCUACAGCCUGCAGGCAAGUCUCUGAGCCUUGGCACAAUCCCCCUCCCCCAGAGCUGGAGCAUGAGCACCUGUUCAUCCAGCAGCUGGAGGAAGCCCUUGGCCCCAAUGGACCAGUGGUGAGUGUGAGCGAGGUCUCUCUCUCUCUCUCUCUCUCUCUCUUUUCGUGUGUGUGGCCCAGACUGAUUUUUUUCUAUGGGUCAAUGACCUCAGACUGAAAACAGGUUCUACAUCCCUGCUCCAGACAUUUGUAUCUUCACAAAGUCUCAGGAUCUCUGUGCAACUGGAGGACUCAUAACAGGGAACACCAUGUGGCUGGGGAGAGGAGAUGGACAUACCAGGAUUAAAGAUACAACCUGAGGAAUGGAUUUUCUUUUCCUCACUGAUAUCUAUGCAUCUCAUAAUAGGUCUGUUUAUAUUUAAUGGGGACAUUAUUGGAUAGAACUGCCUCAGCUAAUGUUUCCUCCUGUUCUCUCACUCUUUGUUCCCUUAAUUGCCUAGAGAGUUUCUGUAGCAGCACAUUAAUGACAGUCUUGCUGUAUCAGUGCUUACAUUUGAUUUCUUGACCUCAGGAAUCUAAACCCACCUUUGUGCAAGUCUCACACUGAGAUCUCAGCCAUUCAUUCGCUUAGAAAUUAGAAAGGAAACAACUAGAGAACAGCAGUCAGUGGCUUUCAAAAAUACUGCUUUGCAGAAUAAAGCAGUUGGUAAUUCACCAAAGAAAGCAAGGAAGACAUUUUAUUUUUUUUAAAAAAAUAGUGUGCCUAUGGUAACUGUUAACACAUUAUAAAGAUACCACUAAUAGGUUUAUAAAACAAAUCCUCCUGUGGAACAACUGAACCAGUCAGCACAUUUUACUUGUUACAACCUAGGCUGUGCCCACAAA